UGCCACGCGCCCACCGCCUACUCGGUCGGGCCGGCCGACUCUGCGGCCUCGUCGCCCGCGCCAGCGCCUGCGCUUGCGCCCGCCGCCGUGGGCCAACCACGGCCACGGCCGCGGCCGCAGACGCAGACGCAGCUGGCGUGCGUGGCCGCGCCGCCUCGCCUCGCCCACGCGGUCGCCUCGGCCGGUCGGCCCGGCGACGCGCAGCCCCAACGCCAGCCGCUCGUCUGCCCGCUCCGCGGGCACAAACUGCCUUUGUCCGCGCAGCCGCCGAGCGCGUGUCGCGCGUCGCCGGCGCCGGCGCCUGCGCGUUUUUUUGGCGGCUUGAGCCACGAGGCCGUGAUAUUGCAGCACUUUUUCGAGGCGCAGCGCCUGCUUCAGCAGUCGCGCCAGUUCGAUCAGCUGCGCCAGGCCAGACUGGCCAAUCAGGGCGCCGGGGAGCCCGGCCACGCGGGCCGCCGAUCGAUGGCGAGCCCGACCACGAGCCAAUCAGACGGCUCCGUCGCCGGCCGACGUCAUUCUCUGCCGCUGCCGCCGCCGCCGCCGCCGCCGUUGCACUCGUUCGCCGGCUGUCCCGCCGUCUGUCGACACACCGGACAGCCCGACUGCCCUCCGCACGCUCUGCUGCAGCACUCGCUGCUCAGCUGCGUCUACGCCUCGAUGAAACAGGACGCCGCACUCAUGCCACCCCCGCCCCUCUCCGGCCCCCACCCCAAGUGCCACGCUCCGCCUGCUUCGCCGGGUCCACUCGCCUCCGGCGACCGCGGCCUCCAAAAGCCGCACAAGCGGCACAGCUCACUCUCCAGCCUGGCGCCUCUGUCUCUGUCUGUGUCCCUGUCUGUGCCUGUGUCUGUGCCUGUACAGGUGCCCGUGGCGACGACGGCGGCGAGCGCUGCUGCCGGCGGGUGCGGACCGUCGCUGCGCGACGUGAUGAAGCAGACCGGCCCUCUGGUCUCGAGCCAAAUCGAGGGCGAACCGAUCAUGGGCUUCAGCGUGUGGGGCGAGAAGCGGCUGUGUCUGCCGCAUCUGCUGCGCUUCGUGCUCUACGACGUCGACAUCGAGACGAUCGGCCAGGCGUGCACGAAACUGCAAAUCGCCUGCACCAAAUGCAGCCCCGCCCAGCUCCACGUGUUGCACGCGCGCGGCGCUCUGCCCCGCGAGGUGCACAGCUGCGGCCUCAUUCGCAAAAGCGACGCUGAACGACUCACCAAAUUUCUCCGCUACUCGCAACCCUCGGACACACACCAACACCAACACCAACACCAACACCAACACCAACACCAACCGGAACAGGAACAAGACGACGUCGACCAGCGUCGGCGUCGGCCGGCCUCGGGGCCGGGCGAGUGCGUCUCCGAAGCGCCACUCCGGCCGGUCUUGUCGGGCGCCCCCAGUCCCGUCAGCCCUGCGCAACAGACAUGCGUCGCCCGGCAACCAGACGCUUUCAUCGACGUGGUGCAUGAUUGCUUCGGUCGACAACGUGGCCGUAUCUUCCCCGGCCUCUACACUGCGGCCCAGUCGGCCUGUAUCUCGUGCGCCACUUGUCGUCGUCUCUACUCGCCCCAACAGUUUGUCGGACACACACACAGUCUGGCAGAAGUGGAUAAAUUCAAUCACUGGGGCUUCGAUUCGGCCAACUGGCGUUGCUACCUCCGCCUGUACGUGCCCCGGACGACGAUGCACUUGAUCCGGCACUCGCACGACUCGCCGGUCAACCACAACUCCUCCGUCGCCUCCUCCCCCUCCUCCUCCUCCUCCUCCGCCACGUCCGCCUCGCCACCCUCUUCACCGUCUUCACCUUCUUCUACGCCCUGCGCCUCUGCAAAGUGCGCCCUGACGACGACGACGUCGUCUCGGACUGCCGGCCCGACGACCAUCGAGCAACACACCAACCAGCAGCCGGACACAGAUUCGCCUCGGCUGGUGGCAGAGAAGACGGCCAAAGCAGAAGCACGACGUAAUCCACUGCAACAACGUCUCAUUCGAGCGCACAUCAUGCUCGAGGAGUUCAAGACUUCACCUUUCGGCCAGAUCACGUUGUCCUGA